AUGGAGCCCCAGAAGCCGGUUGCACUGGUGUUAUCCACUCCGCCGGCUCUGCCGGGAGACCUCCCGGAAGAUCCAAAGCCUCACGAAUGGCGGAGACUCCGAGAGGACUGGGACGACACGUUGCACACGUCUACACCCACAUCCCCCUUUGCUUCCCUGCCUGGCGCCCCACUUCUGGCACGGCCACGGUCUGCAGCAGGUGGGCAAAGGCCGGUUCGCCGACCCUUGCAGGGGGGCUCAGUCCUGGAUGCCGUUUGGAGGAUUCGGGAAGAAGACAGGGGUCACAAGCUGAACUCAGAUCCCCGGUCACCUGAAAAUCCUACUCCAGAAGCCGCGCGGACUGCAUCUCCCAGCGACUCGGAGGGAGUAUCAGAAGAUGAGGAGACAGACAGGCCAGAGGCUUUGACCCUCGAAGAGCGGGUCGCGGCCAAGCCAGCGAAGCCAGCGAAUCCAGCUGACCCCGAGCAGUUUAGAGAGCUCGCAGUGGUCGCACUGGGCGGCUUGGGCGGCUUGGGCGGCUUGGGGGAUGUGGAAGACUUGACCCAAAGCCCGCAGUGCCCGCAGAAAUUACCCGAAGAGGAUUCGCUGCUCCGGCCUCGAGAGAAAGGCCUCGAGCGCCAGUCCUUGGAGGAUGAGGCUUCGUCCCACCAAGCUUGGGAACAGCAUAGAGCGGACUGGGGCUGGAGUUGUCCAGGACGACCUGAGGAGGACCGCAAAUUUGGUGAACGGUGGCCUUGGCUUCAAGAGGAGUCAGCGGACGCAGAUUGCGCGGACUGCGAGCCGUGCUCCCCGCGCCCGGGUACCCGCCUUGGCGGGCGCCGGAACAAGGCCGCCAGAGCAGAGGAGGCUGAAGCGACUGAAGGUCAGGGAUGGGCCGAUUUCGUCCAGACCUGGGAUGGUUCAGAUUCCGAGGAGGAGCAGCUCUUUGCCGUUGUCGGCCAAAAUGCCACGAUCUCUGCCCAGGAGCUUCUGAGUGUGGACGACCCUGAGCCAGAGCUGGAGGGCUUCGUGCCGCGUGACCUUUGGGUUGUCUUCGAAUGUGAUGAGGAAGAGGAGCUGUCAGACCAGGCGGACACGAAGAACUCCCAGGUUGACAGGCCACGAGAGUUUUGCAGUGAUGCCGGGGACAUCGUGUGGACCAUCAGUAAGGCCUCGGAGACGGAUGACACGGCUGACACCGAGUGUAUGAGCUCCUUGGCACCUACAGAGUGUGAGGAGGACGAGGAGGGCAUGUCAGAUGACGACGAAGAUCAUCAAGAGUCGAAGGUGGAAGUGGGGACCCUGCAUGUCCAACAAGGACGUCGCCAGGCCCAGACUGCCUCGCAACUGGAUGGCUCUCAGAACGAAGGCAAGCCCGGGUGCUCAUCAGUUUUGCUCAUACAGGCCGUGUGUCAGGGCUACUUGAUCAGAUCAAAGCUUCUGCGGCUUAGCGACUGCGCAGCCAGUGGAAGACCUCAGCGGGUUUCAGCAGAGACAGCUCGUGCACGAGCAAGGCGGGAUGAGGUCUCUGCAGCAAUGCAGCUGCAAGCAGCGUGGAGAGGCUUCCGAGCCCAGGUGACGCGACCGCAAGGCCGAGCAGAGCGGCGCCCACCAGGCCUCGGCCUGCCGCCCUUCCGAAAGGCCCCUCGACGUCGCGGCGAGAUGCGUGAGGCAAGAGAAGCCAAGGAGGUUGCUGUCCAGGACCUCGGUGCCAGUGAGGAGCCCCUGGAGGAGAGCGAGCGCAGCCAGGAGCUGCGCCCACGGCCCUCGAGGCGUCCGUCAAAAGGGUCCAGUGCGUCUGACCGACCCCCAUCAGCACCGCGUGGCAGCGCCUUGCGCAGGCGUCGUCGCCCAGAGUUGCAGGAUGCCUCCCGCAGUGUGGCGAGCGCAGCGAGCAGUGCAGGGAGCAGUGCUGGCAGUGCUGGCAGUGCAGGGGGUUUGCCGAGGCUCGGGCUCAUGGGCAGCCGUCACAGUGACAAUAGACCUAGGCACCGCCCGGCUCCUGCUAGCAAUCGUGCCCCGAACCAAGUGAAAGGGUCAGAGAACCGCUUGCUGGUUCCAAAAGGGCUCCGGAGCUUCACAGUGGACCUGUGUAAUCUUUGGCAAGUGUAUGCCUUGUGCCGCAGCUUUGGCACAGCUUCAGCAGACUCGGAGCUGCUGAAGGCCGCACCCCGAGAGAGCAAGAAGGCUCAGUCAUCAGUGCAGUAUGCAAGCAAUGCACAAGGUGCGCAAUGCUGGGCUGAGAUGAUGAGGCCACCAUCACGCGAAGAUGUUCAGACCGCACAGUCGCAUCUGGUUCUCUUGAAGUCCAAGAUGCGACAGCGUCGGCAGCAGGCAUCCGUCGACAAUCUGGUGGAUCCUCGUGGGCGGCCGCCUUCAGGACGCGCUCCGGCGGAGAAGGUGCCGCGCGGCGUUACUUGGGAUCCGCCUUCCGCGCCUGUAAAAGCUGCAGGCAAACCGGAUGUCGCAAGGCCCAUGGAGGAUGGCUACCCCGGCCACCCGACUCCGUCACAGGCACGAGUUCCUGCAAAGUCGCCGCCCAAUUCAGGAAGGACAAUGCCGCAGUCUGCGAACAGUCUCGUGGAUGACGGUCCCGAUGAUGAUGGAGGGCCUUUGGUACCGUGCCCUGACUGUGGCCGCAGCUUUAAGGCAGAAAGCCUGGAGAAGCACAAGAAGAUCUGUAAGAAGGUCUUCCAGCAAAAGCGCAAACAGUUCAACAGUGCUGCCAAUCGGCUCGGCGAUUUAGACAACGCCAGCGAACUGAUAGCAAAUGCUUCCAGGAUAGAUAAGCAGAAGGAGGCUCCAAAGGAGGCAGACAAGACGUCCAAGAAGGACAAGACCGUCCCGAAGUGGAAGGCGCAGUCCUUGGCAUUCCGACAGGCCAUCCUCGCUGCAAAGGGCGCUUCAGGUGACCCAGAAGCAGCCAGAAAGGCAGAGGAACUGCAGAAAGAGCUGAUUGCAGCUAACCCAUCUGGCAUGGAGUCAGACAUGGUGAGAUGCCCGCAUUGUGGCCGCACCUUCAACAAGGAGGCGGGACAGCGGCACAUCGCCAUUUGUCUGAAGACCUUUGGCAACAAGCUGGGCCGACAAACCAAGGGCAGUGGACGGCCUGCGGCAAAGCCCAGCACCCCCACUUCACGUGCUCCGGACCCGUCUGCAAGAGGUGCUAUGGUGAGAGGGCCAAGUGCCUCCAGGAAGAGUGGCCAGUCCGGCCGACACGGUGGUCCCGAAACGACGGGCUCACGACGAGGUUAG